UAUCAUGGUUGAGUUGGAGUUAACUUUACCGGAAUCAGAUUAUGUUAUGCUUGAUGUUAAUGACCGUAUAACUACUCUUCAAGCGGAUACCGAGCGUCGCCUGCAGAUACUGGAGGAGCAAUUGAAAGCCGCCACUUCGGCAUCAUGUUCGUCACCUAAGAGGAAAGGGGAUGAGGUCAUCCCAGCUGACGAGGUCGGUGCCUCAACGGCUUGUUCGAAAACGUAUUCGCAGUCGGAACUGGACAACGCCGUCCGUGAGGCUGUUGAAAAGGCGAUGGAGGUGGCGCGCGAUAAUACCGCUGUUCCUGUGCUGACUCAGACGUAUGUGCGCGGCGGCGGCAGCAACACAUUCCGUGGUCGUUUUAGUGGAAAUCGUGGACGUGGGCGUGGCCGCGGUGGCAGAGGCGGACCGGCUUCUACUACAACAAGUGCGUCCGCACCAACCACAUCACGUGAAAUCCCGGCAGAAACGACUGAGGAUGGCAAACGGUUUUGUACCUUCUGCAAACGCGAAGGACAUCUUGAGGGUCGGUGCUUUGACAAGCGACGUGCCAUGAGGGAGCUGCAGUCCCGCGGAAACGCGCGAGUGGAGCGUCCCGAUGGAGUCCGUGGAUCCGGAACUGAAAGAGGACAUUGAACGCACAGCUGUUACACCAUCUCGUCCCAUUCCUGAUCCAACAGCCGGUCCGUUAACCGAUACCGACAAUCGCCCUGCUAUCCGGACCCUCCGGAACCGCACUAUCCGCAGCUCAUCACCAUAACAUUUGCGUUUUUACUGCUUCUCUUGCGACAGUUGAUUUUAUGACUUGUUAUUGAUAAUUGUGAUUAUUUUGUGAUUGUCAGUUGCUGAAACUUUGUCUGGUGACCAAAGUUCUUAAGAUACGGGGUGCUGUGUGAUGAGUAAUCGCAUGUACAGUAGCUUCAG